AUGUCCCCGCUGUGCCCACUGCUGCUGGCCCUGGCCCUGGUGGCCAUCCCGGGUGUCCGAGGCGCCUGCCCGGCACCCGCUGACCUCAAGAGGCCCGAUGGGACACGGACGUGCGCCAAGGUCUAUGACAAGAGCGACCCAUAUUAUGAGAACUGCUGCCGAGGCGCCGAGCUGGCCAUAGAGCCGGGCACCGAUCUGCCCUUCCUGCCCUCGGACUGGAGGAACGUCAUCUCCUCACUCGUGGUGGCCCCGCGCUGUGAGCUCACCGUGUGGUCCCGUGGCGGCAAGGACGGCAAAACUCACAAGUUCACCGCUGGUGUCUACCCGCGCCUUGAAGAGUACCGCCGGGGCGUCUUUGGCCACUGGUCCAACGCCAUCUCCUCCAUCUACUGCAGGUGCCCUGCUGCCCCCCCCACGCCCCCACCCCCGCCACUGAGCACAUCUGCUUCCAGAGCACAGAACCCAGGCCCCCACCACCCCCAGCUCCAGUUUGCCCAGACCCCUGAGUCCCUGACCCAAAUUGGGAAUCCCUAG